CAAUGAUAAUGAUCGGGGGAAAAUUGUCUGUUUCUUCGAGCGUGAACGCUUUCGUUUUCGUAGGACUGAGAGUCACGUCAGCGGCGGCUCCGGGCUUCGCACCCCCGAUGCGGACCGACGCCGUUCAACGUCCUAUUAGUUCAGUCGCUACUUGGACACCACCCACUGUCCACGCCAGCGGACAAUGCGAAAAACGCGCAUUCCGCACCAGUGAUCAUCAUGCAUAUCAAGUUCAUCUGCAUAUCUCUCGUAACUUUUGCCUUGCUCCACGAUGUUAAUGGGAAAAAGACGAAGAAAAAGCGCAUUAGCCUCGAAGCCACCGAAUCUACCCCUCAGCCGAAUGUAGUGACAUACUCAACUUUUGGAUUUAAAGAUGUUGGACCUUACGACGGAUUCGUACCGAGUUCACCCGACUAUGCGAGCUACCUGACGAGCAAUAGUCGGGACUCUUCCACACGGUUAUAUGCUCCAGCUUUUCCAUCAUCCAUAGAUUCCACGGGAUUGGGCAGUUAUUACGAUCCUCAGCCGGAUGCAGCUUCGCAUACUGUUACUAGUGAUGGCUAUGAAACGCAUGUGAAAUCAUACCAACCGGUAUCGAUGAACUUUUUUACAUCCCCAAACUACGAUACAAGUGGUGAUCAAAGUAAGAAUACUGGUACAAAAGAAAUAUAUGAGCUAAACAAUUAUAACUCUCCAACUUAUGGAACUAAAAUUAGUUCUAAAAGUAAAAAUAAAAACUUUAGUAAUGCAAAUCACACGGACUAUAACAUUUAUAAUAGUGUUUCUUCAGUCAUCAAUGGGAAUACUGCUAUUGGGGAUAACGUGAGUAACAAUAACAACUAUCCUAUUGUUCCAUCUGGGCAAUCUGAAGAUGAAAAAGUGGUAAAAAUAUCAUCAUCUUUGGAUUCCUCACCGCAAAAAUUUCCGAGAGUAGUUGAUUUCACCGGUGUAAAAAAUUAUUAUCCAACAAGCGUAGAUUCUAAGUUUAUAGAAUCCAUACAUAAACCAUUUAACUUAGAUAUAUUUGGCAACGGAGCUGGUAAUGAAAACCCAUACGAAAAUAAUAAAUAUAAUUGGAAAGAUAAGGAAGAGCAAUCAAAUAACAAUAAGUGGAAUUUGAAGGAUGAAAAAAGUAACUAUAUGAAAUCAGUUGAAAAAACGAUAUCACAAGUAAAUUCUUUUAAGAAUGAAGAUAUUUCUGAAAAUUACCCCAUAACAAUUAACAAUUUUAAGAAGAAUAAGUUAAAAAAUGAUUAUAAAGAUAAUAUUAAAAACAAGCAAGUGAAUUUUGGCCUAGAAAAUAAUUCAAUUAAUAAACACGGUAAUCCAUUGAAAGGAUAUGAGUAUUCAACGAAUUAUAGUAACACUAGUUUUAAGUUUGAAACUGGAUUACCAAAAAGACCUUUUGACAGUAGCAUAGAUGAAAUAGUCCCAGCCGGCAGUAAUCUAGAUUUCGUUGAUUACCAAUUCCCGGAUAAAGAAUCACCUUUCAAAACAUCAAACAUAAAAUCUCCAUAUAAUUUCGAUACUGACAACGCAUUUUCUAUCCCAAAGAACAAAUACAAACUAUCAGAAGACUACUUGAAUUCUUUUAAACAUUCAUUCACAACGCCUUCUUCGUCCUCUAACUGGGGAAACGUAUUUAAGGACAGCGAGUUUUCUUCAUAUAAAAGCCAUCCUAAAAAACCCUCUUUUAACGACGAAAGUAACGACGAAAUCGUACAUAUUCCUAAGCGACCAACGAAUUUCGACUUUGAAAAGUAUUUUGAUGAUAAACCAAGUGAUUUGAGUUUCACUGAUAGCUACAAAUCAUAUAAACCUGUAAGAAGUAGGGAUCAAUAUGAUUGGCCGACGAAAGAUUCAAGCAACAGAUAUAAAUCGGAAGAAGAUUUACUUGGCCUAAGAAAUCACGAUACAUCGCAUCCUUCUUAUGUGCCGUCCUUUAAGCCGAACUAUAAAUAUUUUGAUGAAGAUGUCGAAUAUAAAAAGCUUGCAGCAAAGUGGAAACAGAAUUUCCUGAAGGCAAAGCUUAGAGAUUCCCUUCGUGAAUAUGACUCAUAUGCAUCAGAACCAAAACCAGUUCACGUUCCGUUUCCGAAGCCGUACCCGAUAGAAGUUCCACAUCCGGUAGUAGUACCGGUGCCGCAGCCGUAUCCGGUUAAAGUUCCGAUUCCCAAACCAGUCGCCGUGCCGGUUAUUCGAGAACUAACCGUGCCGGUCGAGAAGCCUAUGCCGUACCCGGUCUUCAAAAAGGUCCCUUAUCCUAUAGAGAAGCUAGUUCCGGUACCUGUUAUAAAACAGGUUCCCGUGCCUGUAGUCAAACCGUAUCCUGUACAUAUUCCUCAAAUCAGACCUGUGUUCCACCAUACGAAAUCUCACGAUGACCGGGAGAUAGAUCCCUAUGAAGAGGAGUACGUUCCACGACCUGAUGCCAAGCGGCCAAGCAAUAAACGACCUAAGAAUUCCCGCAAUAGACAGCGUCCAUCGUCCAGUUCCAAAAGACCAUCGCGCGCUCCAUAUAAUCAAGAUCGCAGUAGAAGGAGAAUUCCUAACCGAAGACCGACCAGUUAUCCUGAACAAAGGCAGAGAAGACCAUACCCUUCAGAAUCUCAUUCUCCUCAGAGAUACAGGGACGAUUUUGAUGAAUAUGACAGUGAUAGUGAUUUUGAACGUUAUUGCAGAAGAACUGGCAAAUGUUAGUAUCUAAUAGUCAAUAAUUAUGAGUGACAAAGAAACUUUAUCUUAGUGUAUCAAUAAAAUAUGAAGAGAGAAGCAGAAACAUUCGUCAACGUCGAGCUAAAACCACUGAAGCAAGAAAUAUUAAAUCAUUGUAGCUUAGCUUUAAUAAUUUAUAAUAGAGAUUUGGAAAGUUAAGAGUGGUAACUUCUUCAACCAGGAAAUUAUUUAAGACAAAACAAAUCAUAUUUAGAAAUUUAGUCAGAGUAAUUAAUUAAAUAUUGUUUUUUAUUGACGUGUUUAGGGUUAAUUCUCGCAAAGAAGUGAUUACAUUAAUUUUUGUAUAAUUUUAUUAACAUGCAUGCAUUUCUAAUAAAUCGUAAUAUUAGUGUAAAUAAAAUAAGUUCACUAUUAGUUUUUAUUUUACAAGUGUUCUUUACAUUGAAUUGUUUAGUAGACUGAUAUA